AUGCAGCCGCCAGCGGAGAUGGACGACCCUGCAGCUAGGUUUGGUUUGGAACGGAGCGAGGCCGAGGACACUUCUGGUUUGUGCAAAGAGGAGAGACGCACUCGGACUCGGACCAUAACAGACACAGAAUCUACCUCCACACGGCGGGACGUCAUGCACAGUGUGACUCACGGGGAUGGACCAUGGAGCACGCCAGGACCAGCGACGCCGCAGAUGAAGACAUUUUCAGACGUUCAUACUGUUCUGAGCGAGAGCUUCAGGGACAUCCUCCAGAGCCGCCGUUUGUUCAGACACUAUGUUCAACUGAAACCACUGCAACAGACGUCUCUCUGA